CUUCCCUUCCUGCAGUAUCACCUCUCAGACUCUCUCUCUCUCUCUCCGCUUCACCAGUUGUUCCCUCGUGAAGAUCCAAAUUGGAACUCGGGCCAUCUUCUCCACCAUCUACCAAUUUGUUGGAGCAAUUUUUAAAAGGUGGAGGCUUUCAGUGUUCUUUCCCACAUAAUAUCCAGAUUGCGUGUGGACUGCGGAAUUGUGGUACAUAGAUAGGCGCCAAAUUGUCAUACAUACACACACACACUGUCCCUAACCUCUUAUACAGCUCUGCAAGCGACCUUCUUUUUAGAUCUGUGCCUUGCUCUUCCUGGUACUCUCUGAUUGGAGUCCCUAGCUACCAGUCAGUGCUUAAUUAAGCCCUCUCUAUCGCCAACUUUUGGGACGCAGCUUAUAUCUUACUCUCCUUGCUUGGUUCUUGGAUAGGCUUCCUCAUUUGGGUUUGCUCACAGUGUCACACUGGCCAUCUGCUCUGAAGAGGCUGCCGCUUUUAGCUGCUCCUCUCACUCUUGAGUGAUCUACAAGGUUGGGCCAUGGGAGAGUGCGGCGGCAGCGAGUACCGGUGCUGGGAGGAGCUGCUGCCCGACGCGCUGGGGCUCGUGUUCCGCAACCUGCCGCUGCAGGAGGUGCUGACGGUGGUGCCGCGAGUGUGCAAGUCGUGGGGGCGUGUGGUGGCCGGCCCGUACUGCUGGCAGCAGAUCGACAUCGAGGACUGGAGCCAGCAGCGGCAGAGCCAGCCGGAGCAGCUCGUCCGCAUGGUGGAGAUGCUCCUCCGCCGCAGCUCCGGCUCCUGCCGCCGCCUCAGCGUCUCCGGCCUCCCCUGCGAUCCCCUCUUCUCCUUCGUCGGCGACCACGCGCGGGCUCUGAGGACGCUGGAGAUCCCACGGAGCGAGAUCAGCGACGCCGUCGUGGAGACCGUGGCGCCGAGGCUGCCGAACCUGACGUUCCUGGACAUCAGUAGCUGCACCAAGAUCGGCGCGCGCGCGCUGGAGGCGUUCGGCAGCCACUGCCGGAGCCUCGUGGGGCUCCGCCGCGUGAUGCACCCGAUCGACGUGGCCGGCCGCAACGCCUGCCACCAGCACGACGAGGCCCGCGCCAUCGCGCGCACCAUGCCGCGGCUCCGCCACCUCGAGGUCGGGUACAUGCUCGUCACCACGGAGGCCAUCCUGGAGGUGCUCGCCCGGUGCCGCGACCUGGAGUUCGUCGACCUCCGCGGCUGCUGGGCCGUCGACGAGAGGUUCCUGCAGGAGCGGCGCCCCGGGCUCAGCUUCCUCGGGCCCGGGGUGGACGACUGCUUCGAGAACAGCUACUGGGAGGAGUGCUCCGACGACGAGGACGAUGAUGACGUGUACUCGUGGGAGCUCAUGGACGACGAUGAGUACUACGCCGUCGUCGGCAGCGAUGACGACGACGACGACGAGGAGGCCGUGUGGGAUGACGGGCAGGGGAUCGAGAACCUGGAGGUCAGGUUCUACGGCGGCGGGUUCAGCGAGAGCUACGCUGGGUUCGACUGGCCGGCGUCACCGUGACAGACCCGUGCGUGUUUACCUGACAAAAAAAACCCAUCUUCGUGAUGUUCCUGAUUAUGGUUGCUGAUAAUCCGUAUAUGUAAUUUUAAGUUCGCAGUUUACAUGAAGCAAAUCAAGGUGGUGAAAAAUUCACAUGUAUCCAUGAAUCAAUCGCACAUGUAUCAGUGUCAUCCUGCCCUACAUUGCAGAUUGCACUAGUACCAGGUUGUGAUCCUUUGUAUUUC